AUGUCGAUAAUCUGUUGCAAAUUGGCAGGUGCUGUUUUUAUUCCAAAUGGUAGGCGAGCGUGUCGAAACCGAUCGUGGCAGUCUUCUUUCGUCGAUUUUGAUUACACUCUAUCUCUCACUCAUGCUGAAGCGUACAUGAAUUUGGAUGAUAUACUUGCCUCAAGCGAGCGAACCUCUUGCAGGCUCCGCGUUACUCUUCCUGGGUUGGCCUCCUUAUUGCUCUCCGACACAACCAGUGUAUCUACGCAAGCGCAUCGUGAUCUGCAAAACGAUAACGCCGAUGACACCGAACUUGAACUCGAUAUUUCGAGCGGUACCAAAUUAGAUUUGCCUGUCUGGCUUGCUCUUGCCCUCGGAAGUGGACGUCGUCAGUUAGUGUCAGUUGAUCUACCAUUGAUAUAUAGAGAUGCCUUUACGGAAGUCUUUGAUGCCGACCCAUGUGUUGUAGAUCUUCGGAAGAAAGCACCUUUCUAUUACCUUCUGCUUAUACAACUAUCCCAGCUUAGCGCAGCAAGGGCAAGCCGCCUUGCAGUGACAGGUACUAGGGUGUUUCAGGCUCGGUUAAGGUCUGUGAUGGAUGCUGCUUUGAACGCCGGUCGGCAGGACACCCUCUUUUCCACAUCCAAGUUCGAGCAUUUGGAAAUGGCCUUAUUUCGAUUGGGCCAAUCGGAGCGCUUGCAGUUGGAACGAUGGAUUCAACGCAAACAUUACAAGUUGGAGUCCACGCCGGUGCCCAAACGUCUCGCCGAUUCGUCCCGACCGAGACGGUUGAUACCCUUAACUGAAUCCAAUGUGGAUGCCUCUUAACUCUGCAAUCUCCAUUGUCGCGCCCGUAUUUUCCCUCCUGUCAAAUGCCUUUAUGUCAUUGAAUUUCGUCAUGUUGCCUUGUCCUGGGUCGUCUAUCGUCUUCCACUUCCGAACGCCAUCGAUGUGACUUACGGGUAAAUUCUCACAUUCAUGUUGGAGUAUCGGUGCUUUCUUCAUCUCGAAUAAAAGCUUAUUAAUCA